GAGGGCAGAGGAGCCGCUCUGUGAUGUUAUGUCCUCUCGGUGCCUGUAGUGGUGCUGUAGGAGGCUGCUGGCUCUCUUCUUGAGCAGCCCCAGCAGCCCUGCCUUCUUUGCUGGAGAAUAUAUUCAGGGAUUCCCCUUAAUAAUCACCUACCCUCUGAGCACUUUGUAGUUUUAAAAUAAUAAAGAGCCCCCAAAGCUUCCUUCCCACAAAAAGCAGGAUCUCCUCAGAGCCAGGGGGGCAGCAGCUCCUCAGCACAGAGCCCGAGCCCAUUCCCAGUCCCUCUGCUGGGGAGGAAACUCUGAUCUGUCAGCCCAACAGAGGGAAAGGGGGGAGAGGAGAGAGAGGAGAAAAAAAAAGCAGCUGGAAAGGGAAGGGAACGUCUGUAGUUGUGAAGUGAGCCUACUGGAGAGCCAGCCAACACACUUCACCCCACACAGACAAUCCACAUCGUCUUGAUUCGUCAUCAUUCCAGGAUAGCGGUGUCCUUGGGGCUCUCUCUUAACAUUGAUAUGGUACAGAAGAUUUAAAAUCAGCUGAUGUUCACAAGGAAUAGAGUCACGUGAUGUAUGAAGGCAAACACAUACACUUCUCUGAGGUUGACAAUAAGCCCUUGUGCUCGUAUAGCCCCAAACUGUGCAAGCAGAGGCGACUUAACGGCUACGCCUUCUGUAUCAGACACGUUCUGGAGGACAAGACUGCCCCCUUCAAGCAAUGUGAAUAUGUGGCCAAGUAUAACAGCCAACGCUGCACCAACCCCAUCCCCAAAUCUGAGGACCGUAGGUACUGCAACAGCCACCUGCAGGUACUUGGCUUUAUACCGAAAAAGGAGAGGAAGAAAAAGAAUGAUCCCAUAGAGGAGGUAAAGGUCAGGCACCAGAUGGAUACUAUGGCCCUCAGUCUGACGAUGCCCACCCUGGCCUUGAAGAUGCCCAAUGGACUGGAUGGGAUGUCCCUCUCCCCUCCUGGGGCUAGGCUUCCUCUCCACUACCUGGAGGCAGAACUAGAAGACCCCUUUGCUUUCAACGAGGAGGAUGAUGACCUAAAGAAAGGGGCAACGGUGAGGAAAAAGUUGCAGAGCAAGUUGGCUCAAAACCGGCAGCGCCAGAGAGAGACAGAGAUUUUAAAAGUUCGCCAAGAGCACUUUAGCCCCCUUCCUGCACCUUUGCAGCAGCAGCCUCUGCAGCAGCAGCACUCCCAUCUGCCACCUUCAUCAGCUUUGUUAAAGCCAACAGGGCUACCGCAGGGCAUAGUCUGCAAGUCACCUCAACCUCCGAACACCAGCCUACCAAUGCAGGGAGUGGCACCCACCACACACACUAUAGCACAAGCCCGGCAGUUGUCUAACAAGAGACCUCUGCCUCUCCUGCCACCUGCUAGGGCUCCCAUCACGGACCCUCCAAGGACUGAUCGGGUCCUAAUGAAAGCCACAGCCUUUUCUCCGCACUCGUCCUGCAUGAGCCGGCUACAGAGACUGGUGAAACUGUGCACUCGAAAACAGCAGCUGGACACUGAUCUGUUUCCACAUCUAGGGCUGGAUUGGUCUGAAGACAGUGGAGAGGAGUUGGAGGAUUCAGAGCAAACCUCCCCUUAUCAGGUCGCGUGGUCUGUCCGAGAAACCCUCGGCUACGAAAGACAUGAGUCCGAUGAUGACAAUGCGGAUGACAGGAGUUCCAGGGUGACCAGACUUUGCACUUACUUUCAGCAGAAAUACAAGCACCUCUGCCGCCUGGAGCGGGCAGAAUCUCGUCAGAAGAAAUGCCGGCACACGCUCCGGAAAGCCUUGCUGCAGGCGGCUAGCAGAGAGCCAGAGCGUGCCGGGCAGCUGAUCCAGGAACUCCGGAGAGCGACCUGUGCUCGUACCAGCACAAGCCAAGCCAGGCAGAGAGAUGCAGAACCAACAACCUGUAGUGGGACUUCGAAGGGAGAACCGUGCACUAACAAGGCCCUUCCAUUCACCAGGCAUUGUUUUCAGCAUAUCUUAUUGAACCGUUCUCAGCAGCUCUUCUCAAGUUGCACAGCCAAGUUUGCAGAUGGUCAACAGUGCUCUGUGCCAGUUUUUGACAUUACACAUCAGACACCUCUGUGCGAAGAACAUGCCAAAAAAAUGGACAACUUCUUGAGGGGGGACAGCUCCCGUAAAGUUCAGCACCAGCAGCAGAGGAAACCCAGGAAAAAAACGAAGCCACCUGCACUAACCAAAAAACACAAGAAGAAGAGAAGGCGAGGCCCACGCCGGCCCCAGAAACCUAUUCCUCCUGCAGUGCCCCAAGGGAACCUCACCAUGCCUGCCAGUGUCUCACUGCCAGUAGAGAUGCCCCAUAUACGGAGCCCCUCCACCCCAGAGCUGAGUGCUGAUGAGCUGCCUGAUGAUAUCGCCAAUGAAAUCACAGACAUUCCACAUGACUUGGAAUUGAAUCAGGAGGACUUUUCUGAUGUCCUGCCGCGGCUGCCUGAUGACUUGCAAGAUUUUGAUUUCUUUGAAGGUAAAAAUGGAGAUCUCCUUCCGACAACAGAAGAGGCUGAAGAACUGGAACGGGCCCUACAGGCUGUAACUUCUCUUGAGUGCCUGAGUACCAUUGGAGUACUUACACAGACAGAUGGUGUGCCAGUUCAGGAGCUGUCAGAUAGAGGGAUAGGGGUGUUCUCUACAGGUGCUGGAGCUCCAGGAAUGCAGUCCUUGAGUCGAGAGGUUAACACGGAUCUGGGGGAGCUGUUGAAUGGGCGUAUAGUACAUGAUAAUUUCUCCGGUCUGGAGCUGGAUGAGAACUUGCUCCGCUCUGCUACUUUGUCCAACCCACCUACGCCCCUGGCAGGGCAGAUCCAGGGGCAAUUCUCAGCCCCAGCCAACGUCGGCCUUACUUCUGCCACUCUGAUAAGCCAGAGUGGCCUUGGGGAGAGAGCCUUCCCAGGACAGUUUCAUGGACUUCACGAUGGCAGCCAUGCCUCCCAGAGGCCCCACCCUGCCCAGCUGCUGAGCAAGGCAGAUGACCUGAUCACCUCACGACAGCAAUACAGCAGUGACCAUUCACACUCCUCACCCCAUGGAAGCCAUUAUGAUAGUGAGCAUGUGCCGUCUCCCUACAGUGACCAUAUCACAUCCCCUCACACCACAUCCUUUUCUGGUGAUAACCUGGCAGCUACCUUCUCAGCAGAGAUGCCCAUGAUGGCACAGCACUUGCUCCCAACUCAGCUGGAUGUGCCACUUAGCGGGGUGGUCAACCCCAGAACUCACUGGGGAAACCUUCCUGUCAAUCUUGGGGACCCCUCUCCGUUUAGCAACCUUCUUGGUGCAGAUGGACAUCUCCUGUCCACCUCCCUGUCCACACCACCUACCACCUCGCACUCAGAGACCACACAGCCUGCCUUCGCCACUGUGACCCCCAACAGCUCCAGUGUGCUUCCGGGGUUACCGCAGACCAGUUUUAGUGGCAUGGGUCCUGCCUCUGCUGAGCUCAUGGCCUCCACCUCCCCUAAACAACAGCUCCCUCAGUUCAGCGCAGCCUUCGGGCACCAGCUGAGCUCCCACAGUGGCAUCCCCAAGGACCUGCAGCCCAGCCACAGCUCCAUAGCUCCUCCCACGGGCUUCGCAGUGACCGGUGCCACCGCUACCAGUACCAAUAACGCAUCUGCGCCCUUCACCACCUCCAACUGAGCUUGUCUGCCUGGCUCUGUACAGGUAGAUGGGGGACCUGUGUUUUCUAUCUUUCCUUUCUUCCUUUAUUUUUUUUUUCUGUCCUCUCUUCCCUUUUUUUUUUUUUUUUUUUCCCCAUGAGGGGGUUAAAAAGAAAACCCCUGCUUCAGUACUGACCAGGGUUAGCCCUCUGUGAACCUUGCUGUAGCGUUCACAUGUGCUUGUUAUGCACCGGUGCUCAUUUAGUGCAGGCAGGUUCACUGUUCCCCAGUAAUUCCUUAAGGAUACAGCACAGUUACAGGAUGUAAUUGAUCUUAGCAGUAAGACCUAGCAGUGGGAAGAUACCUCAGAUUACUGAUGCAUGUUACUGUUCCCUAGGGUUUGGAUCAGUGCUUGCCAUCCCAUUAGCAUCUGGUAGAAAGUUUUCCAGUGGGCAGAAGUCUUUUUUUUUUUUCCAAAGGUAGCAACUGGCAUUGAAAACUUGGCUGCACACAAUGACUUGAGAAUAGUGCACUGAAGUCCUAAAACAAGACCAUGGUUCAAGGAAGAGUUUGACAGCUUGUUAAAAUAGUGUCUUGACCUCCUCUGUGUGUGUGUGUGUGUUUGGGGUGCAGGGAGCAGCAGCUCUUUUUCUGCUUUUGGUGAAGAAGUGGAAAAAGUGGGAGUUGUCCCCUUUCAGAUCUGGUCACUGUUCUUACUGCAUGCGGACUUUUAGUUUGAUGAUGAUUUUUAAUUCAUUGAGCAGCAAGGGGAACAAUUGACUGGUUGCCUGUAAAUUUUAAGGCUGAUGCAAAGUUAGCGCAGGGAAAAAAAAACAACAAAAAAACAAAACCAGAAAUGUUGAAAUAGAGUAAUGGUGUAGUGGAGAUUCCUGUGCAGAAAUUCCCUUCCUUGCUGAAUUACUGUGGCCUUGUAACAUUGAUGAUUUGCCUUUUCAAGUGUGGCUUUGUCCCAGACUCCUUGCCUGACAGGCUGACAGGUAUUUUCCAGCUGAAUCUGGAAGAAUUCAGUUGGUAUUCUGCCCAUCCACACAAGUCUAGUUCAGACCCUUUGGUAAGUUCCAAUCAAAUUGUUUCUGCCUAUUGAGACUUUGUUGGUUAGCUUUUUUUCCCCCCGAGCCAUAUUAUUUCUGAGUUUCUUACGGGACUUGAUGCUCUUAAUGUGAAGCUGAGUGUGUGUGAGGAACUAGCAGGUACCUAUCAGCAGUCAUGGCUAACAAAAAGAGAAAUUGCUAAAAGCAAGGUAGGUAGAUAAAGAAUUCCUUUUUUUUUUUUUUUUUUGGCAGGACAGUUUUGCUUUUACUGCCCACCUGCAGUGUUCAGACUCUUAGCUAGUAAUUUUAGUUCUUAAAGAAUGGAGUCCACUGGCUUUUAGAUUUUUUUUUAAUUUUUUAUUAUUUUUUUUUAAUCCAAGGGAUAACAGCAGCAGAAAUCCAGAGGUGUUUACAUGUAUCUCUUUACUGGAAGGGAAAAAAGGAAUUUGCUUGUGACUUUAUAGGGCUCAGAUUUGCUAUUAUACUUUGACUGUAAAAUUAACUCCUAUUUCAUUAGUAUAGCAAGUCUCUUCUUGAUUCGUUUCUGAGAUGCAAAUGCGAGAGAAUAGAAAAACCUACAUUUCAGUCUCUGACUGUAGAACAGGGAUUUCCUUCCACCUUAGAGUAAAACAUCCUACCUACAUAUAUUCUAGUCUAAUCCGGGAAACUGAGAACCAAGCACAUGUCAUAGGGAGGCCUAAUAAAUUAUUUGAGCAAGGGAUCUUUGAACUAAGUUUAGUUUCUAUAGGAAUUCAUUUUGUUAGCAGUGAGGCCCACAUCAAACUCUGACCCAAACCUCUCCUUUCAUCUUGCUAAAGAACAGAAUUUAAAUGGGAGAGGACUUGUCGUCUUACUAUCAUAGCAAUCAUACUGUCCCCUUUUCUUGAAAGGUUUGUCCUCCUUAAACUUAAAGGAGUAUGGAUGAUGUGUAUGUCCUUUAUGAAAUUACAAGUGUAUGUGGGUGGAGGAAACAAAAAUGAUUUUCAUGCUUUUGUUGUUUUAAAGUCCUUAUUUCAUACUUGGUAAAAUAGAUCUUAAUAAUAUAAGCCGAAUAUUUUUUAAGUGGUGAUUUAAAUAUGUUUGUAACAUUUAAAUGUUUUUAAAUCAUGUAAAAAGUUGAAUUGAAGCCUAUGAAAUCCUGCUUGUGAUUGUCCUGCUGAUUGAGGAAUGCCCAGUGGUAUUGUGAAAUGAGGCAAAUCUGACAAGGCAUUUAUUUAUUUUUGUAUUACGUUCCCCACGCUUUGUUGAGGAGACAACUGUUUGAUUUGCAAAUGAUUUUCCUUGUGUCCGUAUACUUUCUUCAAUGUGUUUUGGAUGACUGGCUGAAAAGGAGUGAAGAACUAGUAUACCAAAUGGUUAAUUCUUUAAUCUGCUUGUGUAUUUGCGUCAUUUUAGAGGAUGUUAAUUUCUAUAAAUUGUUUUCAGGACUUUGGUCUUGUAAUGAUUCUUGUGCCCAUCAAACUCUCUAAUGAAGCUGCAGCAAUUUCAGAGUUUAAUUGCUCUACAUUACAUUUCCCUUUCUUAGCAAAUGCAGGGUGGGAACAAGGGAGAGGAGUGGAGGGCCAAGUUUUGCUUGCUCAAAUUGGUAUGAAAUUCAGAAGAAUUCUUUGGUUGAAGGUCACUGUGAGUUUGUACUGGUGUUACUCAGAACAGAAUCCAGCUCCUGAUCUGAGCAUUAAUUUAGUCAGGGAAUUUCAAAAGCUAUCAGAGUUGUGCAGGUUCAUAAUUCUCAUUUGAAAUCAUUGGCCAUUAUGGACCUGCAUUCCUAUAAGGCAGCCUAGGAAAUCAACUCUUCCUCCACUUAGACUUCAGUUUUGUAUAUCCCUUGAUGACCUUUUCCUGAAAAGUGACUGGGUAACAUUUUUCAGUGAGCAAACUAAGUUUGCAAUAAAGCUGUACUAUUAAAAAUAAAUUUGUUUGUAUACAUUGGAAGUAGGAAUCUCUCUGUCAUGUCUGAUAGGGUUCUGAAAUGGGCCACCAUUCUUGCCUUCUCCUGAUUCACCUCCCAUUUUUUCCACUGCCACCAAUACAGCCUGACAAGAACUUAGGAGAAUUAAUCUUAGGUUUACAAGAGGGAUCGUACCAGUGGGCUUCUACACCUACAGAGCCCAUCGAGUUCAGCGGAUCAGUGUCUUACUGCUGGAUACAAGAGAUCCCAUUGAGAAGCUUGUGCAGCCAGACAUUAGGCACCUCUUCUUCUGGGAAGUUCUGCAGUUGUGGAUAAGGCAGUCCUUGUGGUUGAUAUUUGUGUGAUUCCUGAAUAGCGUCCAUGCUCUCUUGCUGAGGUUUUUGAAUAUCAUCUCCUUGUACAGCAAUUAGCACUCUAAUUGCCCUUUCACCAAAGAGUCGGUGUAGCAAUUUCAGUCCAUUGAUUUGAGUUGGUCAAUAUCUGUCAUGCCCUUUACAUGUGAAUGGCUGGAAUAAAGCUAGUUUAACUUAAAAGUUAAUUUGCUUACAUAAGAUUUGAGUUGUAGAGAAUUGAGAAAAGAAUUAGACCUGAAAUAAAAUACCAUUAGGACCGUUUUUUGUUAAUAGCAGCACCUCAAUUAUUCUUUUACAAAAGUGUAAGAAUUGACAGAAUGACACAGAACAGUGUACAGAGGCUGAUAGGAGCAGCUUGAUGCUGGCCUAGUGUGUAAAGUAUUCUGCUAAGACACGCUUUCACUUAGGAGGAUUUUAUGCCAGCUUCAAGGGGAGCCGUAUGCACAUAGAUACCUCAAGGUUGAUUUGUUCUUAGGCCUUGUCAUUAAGUAUGAUAGAAGAAGGUGCAUCUCUGAUGCAAGAAGAUAGGAAAGAUGCCAUGUUUUGUCCCCUCCAGCCUUCCACUUCCUCCAGGUUCUUGCUUAGUUCUCUUCUCAUUGGUAGGAGGCUUCUUUGUGUCUUUGGACAUAAAGUUUCACUAAUGUGAAACAAUUACAUCAGUAAUGCUGAGAGGUAGCAUAGGUGCAGGUCUGCCUCAUGCACUGCAGACUGCAACAGCUAGGUUUCCCACUUCAUUCAGCAGGUUAAUGAAUGAGGAUUCACAGUUCUUGUCUGAAAACAUUAGAAUGCCUUGAGAAGCUUACAAGCCAUUAGGCAAAAAUCAGGGAUGGUAUUGGAAGUACAAAUGUAAGGGAAGAAGUGUUUAGAGAGGGCCUGGGAAUGAAUCUGCAGGCUAGUAGCCACAUUCAGUUUGAGGCAUCAUUUUGCUGUAACCACAUCUAAAUACAGUCUAGGGUUGAUCUGGCUUGCCGGUGAAAAAGGGUCUCGAGUAGUACACUGUAGAGGUGUCUUCAAUGAGAAGCUGGCCCUAGUGAUUAAGUACACAUGCUGCUGGUCCACAUCUACAGCUACAGCUCCUCCAUGGUGCUGUAGCAGCAUGGCUGUUGCAUUUCCCUGUAGGCAUCAGCAGGGCCAGCUUCCUGCUCCUGAAUCUUUCAAGAUUGGUGGAGGGCAGGGACCACAGCAAGGGCAGUUUUCAGCAGGCAAGCAGAAGGCAACUUACCUGCAGUGAUUCUUCUGUAGUGAGGCAUUGUGUGAGUGUCUGGGCAGCUUUCCUGAUGGGAUGUUUCUUAUUACCUUUGUAUUUUUACCAUGACAUGUCAAGAAGUCUCCUGUGCAGGCCAGUUGCAGUGUCCUGUGGUGGUGGAAGUACUGACUGAAGAAGUAGGUUUGGGCUGACCUGCUGGCCAGGUCUUCAGGUUUUUCUGAUCUUUUGAUCUCAUGAUCUUUCUGAUUUGAGUGACAUUUAGUGCUGGGGUGUUGUGGUCUGUUUCUUUUACCCCCUCUCCCCUCCCUUUAUUUCCUUCCCUCUGCAUUAUCUGUCAUUCUUUCUUUUAGUCUCCCAUUCUCAGACAGUUCUUCAGUGUAAGUAAUGCCAACCGUAAGUCUUCUGUGGCUUGGUCCUGAGCGAAUGUGGCUGUGAAACGCAAAGGAGGAGGGAUGCUUGCAGUUCAUAGCAUACAUCUGGAGUGCUAGAACAACAGUGUACUAGACGUAAAAUAUUUCUCAGCUCGGUGAGUAAGGUUUCACAGCACACUGAUAGGUGAUGGGCUGGAUGCUGAGGAGCGCACACAUCAGCAGUGAAUGUGUAGGCUUUUAGCGAGCAUCUGCCUUCUCACAGAUUUUUCUUGUUUUGAGACGUGCAUCAGUAUAAAAUCACAAAAGUUUUAGAUUAUUCUCUUUAAAAGCUGCAUGAAGAAGCCCAGCUAAAAGUAAGGAUGGUUGGGGGAAAAGUUGACAUUUGAGUUUACUAAGCUUAAAUCCAAACUUCAGGUGAUGCCUAGUCUGUGAGAGACCUUAGCUCUUUCAGCUAAAUUGUUGGGAAUGAAAAGUCUGUGGGAGUAGGAGGAAUUGCAGAACAUUAUGUCUUGGAACAAUUUUCUCACCCGUGUCUUCAGCCAUUUAAACACAAACCAAAAAAAGUGACUUGGUUUUGGGAGCUUUUCUUUUGCUGUUGUGCUACUUGUCUCAUGGUUGUUGGGUUCUUUGUUUUCACCUGCCAUAUUCUGCUUCCACACACUUGUUCUCUGGCUCCUGUGGAAUAGGAUGAUAGUGGAGCAUGAAAGAAGUCGGUUGGCUUGGCUGUAGAUGGACAUCGGUAGAGAAGGCUUUCUUUUUCCACCUCCUUGUAAGUGUUGGCACCUUUUCAGUCUUCCCUGGCUCACAGAAUUUAGUUUGGAAGUGAACAGGUUGAAAUCCAGGCUUUUGACCUUAGAACUGUACCUAGUUGAUGUGAAAAAGUGCAUUCCUCGUGCUCCUUCCCCUCCCUAGCCCCCAAGCACACACACACUGAGAUACACAGAGUACGUGCGCGCGCUGAACUUGGUCCAGCGGCGCUAAUGUUUUACCCGCUUGCUGCCUUCACCAGCCAGCGCCCACUGACGUGAGCUCUGGGUGGGUGAUGUCCCCAGAUAUCCUCUGGAAAACUUUAACUUUGGUGCAGAUUGCUCUAAUGUAGCUGACUGACAUGGCAUUUGCUUCUGCUUUGGAGUGGACUGAUUUACCCUGUAAUGACUCUAACCUGCGUUCCAAACAGCGUAGUUGGUCCCAGUGAAAACAGAUUCAUUCUGAAGUGAUGAACAGUUGGGUUCUCAUACAAAAUACCUACAUCUUACCAGAAGGGGUUGAACCAGUUUCUCUGAACGGUGAUUACCUUCACUGUACAGUUUUGGGUAUGUCUCAGGGAUUCCUUGUGGAAAUAAGGGCAGUUAACAAAAAAAAAAAAAAAAAAAAGUAAAUAGUUUUAAAAGUAAAUAAUAAUUUAACGUAGAGCGUCAUCUAAGUGAGAGUGCAAGAAAGAGAAAUCCGUGUUCAGUUUUCUAGUCCGCUGUCUGGCUUAGGGACUCUUUCUCUUCUCGGAGCUCUCAAGAUCAACAUACAGAAUUUUCUUCAUCACGCUCAGCUUUAAACUUUUUAUUUAAAGAUACCCUUCCCCAAUGAGCUUUCAGAAUACUUAUUGUAGAUUUUAAGAGAAAUGGUAUAUUAAUUUAUGCUAUUAACAUCACCUCAUAAAUUAUAAGUUUUAUACUAAAGCUGUAUUGAGUGUAAUGAAUUAUGUUGCAUAUGUGUUUUUAAUAGCUAUAAAAUUAUAUACAAGCUUUUUUGGGAAGACAAACUAGUGAAGCACCUUUUUACACUGGAUUUUGCCGUGUCAAGGUGUACAGCUAUUCUUUGCUACCUUGCAGAUAUCUAUAUCUAUAUCUAUAUAUAGAUAUAUAUAUAAUUAAAAUAAAAUGGUAUCCUGUAUCAACAAAGCAUAGAACUCUUUUUAACCCUUAUAUUACUGUUCCUAUAACUCUUUUUAAAUUUUAUUUUGAGUGUUACAUUCUGCAAUAAUUUAUCUGUGGUUUGUACCUUUGAUUAGAAAUUUAGUUACAGGGUAAAUAGAUCAAAUUAAAAAAUCCAACUACUGUAGCUGGAAGUUGUGAACCAAGUUUGUAAGACCUUUUUUUUUUUUUUUUUUUUUAAUGUAUUUAUUUCCAGUUAGCUCUGUGAGUUGGAAUUCAAAAAGUCAGAACAUAGAAAUCUCAGUGUCUUAUUCAGGAAUUUUCCCCCUCCUUUCCUCACGAAAGAAUUCCCACUGUGACUUAUAAAUAGAAUUAGACUGCUUGUGUGCAUGUAUGUAUGAUAUAUACACACAAAAAAAUAUGCAUUGGGGGGGAUGUAUGUGCGAUACGAAUGUGUAUAUUGUAUGUAGGUCAUAGUUUUGUAAAGAGAAAAGUAGUCGAGAGGUGAUGGAAUGUAUUGUAGAAAUGUGAUUAUUUAGUAGGGGGUUCCUAUGUCCUCAAUGUUGUAUAAAUAACUCAAACUCUCUACUAUAUAAUCUUCUGUUAUAAGGCUAAUUCUGAUAUCAUGUCAAUUUUACUGUUUUUUAAAUGACUUGCAUUGAGCCCUGGUUAAAAUGUCAUGAAAAUACCAAGCUCCCAGAGACAGCCUUUACAUAAAAUACACGGAGGAGGAGGAGGGAUGGGAGAACUGAGUGAUUUUUCAGGAGAAUUUGAAAUGGGAAGUUCUGUAUUUGGUGGGAUGACAAGACAGAGGGAUUAUGUAUUUUUGCAAAUUAAUACCUGAACCUCUUAUGGUCUGACUUGGAAAAUGUGGCUAAUCAGUUGUACUUGGUUUUCAAAUCAGGUUGUAAGAGGCCCUGGUUAAGAACCUGUCUCUGUUCUGUAGGAGGCUCUUGUCUUCAAAGCAGAUUCUUUUCUUUCCUGAGGGUCUUUGUGUGUAUUGAUUUUGCUCCAGAAUUGCUGUUUUGGGAUUGCAGAACAAAAUACUUUCAGCCCAGGGAGUUUCACUUGUGCUGUGAGUUUUGGAAUUUGAUUUUGGCCAUUUAGCUUUUUUCAUAAUUGUAGAAGCAAGAUUUCUUCUAGAGUUCUCACUUGAAAGGGUGAGGAAUCAGAAACAUUCUUACAUUUUUGCUUAUACUUCAUACUGUGCAUCAGUUACAAUAUUUAGGCUGGAGAAAAGCGAAACCUAAAUGUUAUUUGUUCAUACAGUUUCACUUUUAGUGAUGCUAAUCCUAGUGGCUUUAAAAAUCUGUUUAGAUGAACAGAGCUUCCAAUAUUGCACAGGCAUUUUAAUUUUAACUUUUUGAAAAUUUUUUAAAGCAAUUGCAAAUCAGACCCUGAGGGUUUUGUACAUUCCCUUCCCUCCCAGUGUGUCCAUGCCCCAGUGCAUUUCCUUUCUCGUGCAUCUGCAUGUACGAGUGAACAGGGCAGGGAGGUGGAUGUUGUCAGAGGCCUUUCCUUCUCAUUGUUUGGUGGUAAUGGGAGUUAGCAGCAUAAAUCUGUAUGCCUUCUGGGGAAAAAUAGACCUGCUUUUGUGUAUACCUGUACAGAGAGAGAUAUCUGUAUAUGAGAUGUUGGUAGCACUUUGCUGAAUGUGCUCUUGUCCUCAUGAUGUACAAUAAAUAGGUAUGAAUGCAGUCAGUCUCUAUAUAUAUAUGCGUACAGAUGUAUAGAUGGAAUAUACGUAGUAUCACACACGUGCAUUAGUUGUAACAUGAAUGAGUGUGUGAGCUGAAGAGAAAGACUAGCCAUAAUCUAUGUGUAACAAGUAAGCACGUGGUGCCAAACAAGGUGGUCUUAACUCAUCUGAGGGGUUUGGUUGGUGUCAGUGAUUGCUCUGAUCUUGAUCAACACUGAUUUUUGUUACCUCAGCCCUCAAAGCAGAAUUUCCUUGGUACAUUUUUGCUUCUGUGUAUAUUAAUACUCGCUGAGGCCUCUUGCAAUGCCGACCUCUUUUGCUUUGCAGCUCCAUUACCUCCAUUCCAGCUCCUCCCUGUCCCAGUAUCUCCAAAGCUUGUCUUGCUAGCAGUAAGCAGCUCUAAUGGCCCAGUCCAGCUCUUCCUAUGCAUUAGGGAAAAUCUCUGGGUGGCUGCAGUGGCAGCUGAAUUGGGCCCUGAGCGCUCGCUUGACCUUAGGCAGAUUUUUCCAGAUACUCAAUUGUACUUGACCAUGACUGUGACUGAUUUGCAGAUGAACACGAACUUCUCUUAGAAACUGAUGCAAAGUUACCUAGCAUAUUAAAAGGUUAACCCAGCACCAUGAUUCAGAGGUAAAUACUCAAAAUGAGAAAAGCAAACCCACUGAAAAGAUCUUAAUUUUCAGCCCCGGGGAGAAAAAGGGAGCUCAGUGUGCCUUUCCCGUAAGGAGAGCAGUGAGCAGAAGGCAGCCUUGUGCUCGGUUCUGAGCGGUGGUGUUGUCAAACAUAUCAAGAGAAACACAGCUCGUUAGUUCUACCAAUAAACAUUUUAAAGUGAGCUGUAGAGUUGACCAUUAGCAUGCAAGUACUUUGCAUCUCAUUGUGCAUUGAAUUAUUUUGCUUAUGCAAGUAAAUUGUGUUUUUAAGUAUUUUGUUUUGUUUUCUGGCUAAAUGGAGUUCCCUAUCCUUUUAGCAGAAAGCAGCUGUCAGAAACCUGCUCAGUCACACGUCAGCACUGCUGACAUUCAUGGCUCGCUUACCUGUGGUUUCAGUGGAGAGCACUGCUCUGUUCUGCCACUGGGCCUUACUGCAAUCCGCGUUUUUAGUCUGGGUAUGGCACUAUUUUUCUUGGCCAAAAUUCAGCCAUGGAAUUUUGUCUUCCUUGCAUUUCUAUUAGAAAAAGGUAACUGACGUGCUGUUCCAUCUGAGCUUUCAUGCAAUCAUACAUGACUAUUUCUAUAAUACAUAUGUUCAGGCGUGUGUAUGGGUAUGGCUGUGUACUGUGUGUGUAUAACACGUACUUAUAUGCACACAUAGAUGAGCCUAUUUCAGUUUAUGUAUGUGGAGAACGUAUUGUUGGUCCUCUCCUGGUAUAUACUCAUGCAUUCGUAUAUUAAAUAUGUAUAUAGAGUGUAGAUGUCCUGCAUAUACAUGUGUAUAUGUUACGAACCUUGGAUGGCAUUUUUUUAAAACAUUUUGCAAAUUGCUGUCCCCUAUGAGAAAUUUUCUCUGAAGCUGCAUUAUACAGAAGGAAUGGAGAAAUGUGUUAUGAAAGUUUUAUUUUAAAAAGGAGACUCUUAAUUAUCUAAAGCCAUUUGUAAUUGUCUUUUGAAUUUUUACUGGAGGAGUUGUUAUUAAAAAAAGAAAAAAAAAAAGAAAAAGAAAAAAAAAACACACCACCAACAAAACAACAAGCAGACCUUACUCCCACCAUCACUUAAGAUGGAAAGAAAAAAAUGGAAGUGCAAAUUUCUAGGUAUUUAUUUCCUACUGAGGCAUAUUGUAAUCACGUUCUGCCCAUUCCCCUUUUCUAAAUAGCAUUAAUGAUUCAUGGUUUCUUUUACACAGCUUUCCCCAUUAUUUUACUUUCUUCAGUCGUUGUUCACUUCCUACAUUUGGUAGUGCUGAUGGCACUGAGGAGAUCUCGUGCUCUUCUGUCCUUUCCAGGAAUAAUUCCGGCGCAUCGCUAUCAUGUUACACGUUAACAUACUCAUGGAGGAUGGAUGUUUUUUAUGAAGAUGUCUGUAACAAGUCUUUAACUUAUUUAAUGUGAGAAGCCUUCGUUGUAGUUUGUUGUUUCUUUCCAAAGAAUUUUGCUUUUUUCAUCAUUGUUCAUUAGUUCCCUUCUUAUUUGAUGCCUGAGGUUUUAGGGUUUGGGUUGUAUUAUUGUGGGUUUUUUUUUUUUUUUUUGCUUUGUUUUGUCUUUAAAUUCCCCCAAAAUCUUUAUCUUCAAGUGGAGCAAAAUAGGUGUCAGUCCCACCCAAUAUUCUCUUUGCAAUUAACAGUAAAUAUCUGUGUCUUGGGUUUAAAAGGUGGCAGAUGGACAAUCUGAAGUGCUUUAGAGGGAAUGGUCACUCUUUUCAAGGCUGUCUCAGAGCAGUUUGUGUUUGGUGUCAUUUUAAAGGCAGCUUGAUUGCACUGAUAUCAGAAACAGCCUUCUAACAAAGACCCUCCUACAGCUGUUUGGCCACUCAAGUUUAAAGCUUAAAGUUGCAGUGGGAAAGCAAAGGUGAGGCAGUGUAUUUGAACCAGUGAAUUGUAGCUUGCAAACGUAACUGAUUUUGAAGUAACUGCAUGGUAGCAAGGAUUAGCAGUCUCUUACACCCUUUCCUUGUUCCCUUUCAUCCCCAACAUGUAUUCAGCAUACCAUACAUUGGGAAAGGCAACAGCUUGCUACAGCAAAGCUGAAUCCAAUAAUGACUGCUUAAAGGGAACAUACAAACUUGCACUGCCGCAUCCUGUACCGCGCUGAUGGGCACAAAAAGCCCAGCCCCAUCUGCUUCUGCGGAUGUGCCGCUUUGGGGAGAGCGGAAUGUGGGGAUGCCCGAGGAGAGCAGUGGCUUGUGCAGUGCCAGCAGCUCCUGGCACGGUUCUGACAGCAUUCCAGGGUGGGUAGGAAAGCUCCUGUUUGUACUUCCCUUUAAAUAGGAUCAGUUGGCUCACGUGCUCCUCAUACUUCUCAAUGAAUGUACUGUAUUACCAUUUAAAAAAAAAAAUCAAUGAAAUGAUGAUAGAUUGGUCUCCUUUUGUUAUCUGGUCCUUGUUUAAUUUGUUUAAGGGUUUUUGUAUACAAAAGUUUACAUUUUUAUGUAUAUUUUUCUUGUGUAAAAACUGAUGUAAUAUGUGUAUAAAACACUGUAUGUAUUAUCUGUAUAUAGUGUGACAAAAUGAUUUUCUUUCUUUCUUUUGGAUGUAUUAAUAAAUCUUGCUGUGAAGUA